UUAGGCAAAGAACAGUUGCUCAGCACUUUCGAAUGUAAACAAUAGCAACACGCGGAUUCAGUUGGAAUUUAAACAAAAAGACAAUGUCCGCGGAAACCAGCAUUGAGACUAGUACGAUGCGCCUGGGAAUAUGCGAGGUAUGUGCUGCCAAGGAGGCGCGUUAUGCGUGUCCCAAAUGCGAGGUGAAAACGUGCAGCCUGCCAUGCGUCCAGAUCCACAAGAAGGAGCUUAACUGCGAUGGCCAGCGCGAUCGGACCAAGUUCGUGCCCCUCAGCGAGAUGACAUCGAGGGAAUUUAUGAGUGACUAUUGCUUUUUGGAGGAAUGCACCCGCUAUGCAGAAAAUCGGAAAACCGAUCAGUGUAAACGAUUCACCCACGAUCAAAGAAAUCUUCCUGUGGCUCAGCAUCGGAUGCGGACAGCGGCCAAGAGGCGUAAUAUUGAUCUCCGAUUACAAUUGGCAAAUUUUAGCCGGCACAAAGAGAACACCACAUAUCUAAACUGGAAGUUGGGGAGGUUCUAUUGGCGCGUAGAAUGGCUAUUUGCAAACAUUCCCAUCGAGAUGAACCAUUCUAAGGAUGUGGUGCGAUUUGUGGACGAUCGAUGUGAUGAGGAGGUUACGCUGUCCGAUCUAAUUCUCAAGUAUGUUGAUCUGAAGGAGGAGACGGCCCGGGAUAAUCGCAAAGUGCUGGCGAACCACCAAACUGCUGGCAUUGGGCAAUUGUAUUUUUGGCUAAGAGCCGAGGGCGUCCGGCGCAGCUCCACAAGAUGUUAUCCAUUGGAGGCAGAUAAAAAGCUGGGCGACAAUCUAGUCGGCAAGACCAUUGUGGAGUUUCCAACCAUUUUCGUUACCUAUGAAUCGAAGCCACCAGGAGGACAUGAAGCCAUCGACAGCAGUGAAGAACUCGAGGAGGAGGAAGAGCUACCUGUAAAGAAACCAAGACCAUCUUCAAAAAAAAGCACAACUGAUGAAGAAUCCGAUGAGCCUCAUGAUGUCUACCAUGAUCUGGCUGCAGGCUUUGCUGGUGAAGAUCUGAGUGAAGCUGAAGACGAUGAAGAAUUUGAGGCACUUUUUAAAGAACACCUGGAGCAGUAGGAUCAAACGCAGGGCAUCCCUGGAAGAAGGCAUAGAAAAUGCUCCCAAAGGAACCAAAAUAACCCAUUAAUAAUCAACAUUAUAAAAUCGAGACAAAUAUCCUGAAAGGUCGUAAUGCCAUUCGUAACCAUUAAUACUUAAGUAAAUAAAACAACUAGCUUAUACAUA